GCCAGAUACAGCGCAGAGAUCUGAUCCGUAUUAUGGAUAAACACUUUGAAGAAGUGCACAACAGCGAAAUGGACAGCACGGGACCCGCAUACGUCGCCUCGAGCUGAUUGAGACAGGCAGCAGCAGCAAUAGCCGCGGCCUAAGGCCGGUCGGUCGUCUACACACCCCCAAAUUUGCUCAUGACCCACCUCGGAAUCCUGCUGGCGUUCCCGCAACCGGUCGGUACGUGGUUCUCAUCAUACACCUGGGGUGGGCCCAUCGAGAUCGGCACGUCACCGGCUUUGAGUUUGAAGCCGUAUUUGGUGGCGAACUACCCUUGGGGGCGCUUCCCAGGGUAUGGUAGGGCGCGAACCAGAAGCCACUAUCGGGCUGCAUGAGGCGGAUUGCAAUAUAAGGCGACAGGUCCGCCUCCCAGACCUCAGCAUCAACCAUGGCUUCCUCCGUACCCUUCACUGGUCUCUUCAUCGACGGGCAGCUGCGCCCGGCCAGCGACAAAGGCUUCUACGAGGUCCACAACCCGUACACUCGUCAGGUCGUCGGUCAUGCCGCCGCCGCCACCCAGAAGGAUUGCCGGGAUGCUGUGGAGGUCGCUGCGCGUGCCUUCAAGACCUGGGAGAACUCGCCGUACUCUACCCGCCGCGACAUCUUCCUCAAGGCCUCCGAGCUGCUGAGCACCGACAAGUGGAAGAAGCGCGCGACCGAGGCGCUCCAGGAGGAGGUCUCCGCGACGGACUUCAUGAUCAUCUUCAACUUCUUCUUGUCGACCAACGGCCUCCGCGUCGACGCCGGCGCCAUCGAUCAGCUCAAGGGUGAGAGCUUCGCGUCCAUCCUGCCCGGCGGCCAGGUCAGCACCCAGCGACGUGCCAUGGGUGUCAUCUACGCCAUCUCCCCUUGGAACGUCCCCCUCGCGCUUACCAUCCGCGCCUUCGCCGUCCCCAUCAUCUGCGGCAACACCGUCGUUCUGAAGACGUCCGAAUCCAGCCCGCGAUCGCAGACGCUCCUCGCCGAGCUCCUGCAUGAAGCCGGUCUGCCGAACGGUGUCCUGAACAUCAUCUCCACGCGGAGAGUCGACUCUCCCCCCAGAUCGGCGGAGAUCAUUGCACACCCUGCUGUGCGCAAAAUCAACUUCACUGGCAGCUCGGUCGUCGCGAAGCUGCUCGCUGCUGAGGCUGCGAAAUGGCUCAAGCCCUGCGUCUUCGAGCUCGGCGGCAAGGCGCCUGUCGUCGUCCUCGAGGACGCCGACAUCGACCGCGCGGCGCGUGCGAUCACCUCGUCUGCGCUCAUGAACUCCGGCCAGAUCUGCAUGUCGACGGAGCGCGUCAUCGUCAUGCGCAAGGUCGCCCCGGCGCUGACGGAUGCGCUCAAGAAGCACUUCUCGUCGCUCAAGGCGGGCGGCCCGGGCUCCCCGCUCUCCGCGCUGUUCACCGAGGCGUCUGCCCAGCGGUUCAUGGGCCUGCUGGAUGAUGCUCUCAAGAGCGGUGCGAAGCUUCUGCACGGAGACAACGCCCGCGAAGGCAGUGUUAUCCAGCCCCACAUCGUCACCGAUGUCACCUCCGACAUGCGGAUCUGGAACGAGGAGUCGUUCGCCCCGAACGUCAUCGUCCACGCUGUCGACACCGUCGACGAGGCCAUCGAAUACGCGAACAAGUCCGACUACUCGCUCAUGGCGGCUGUCUGGACGAAGGACGUGUACAACGCCUACGAAACUGCGGGGCGCAUCCACUCCGGUACUGUCAACAUCAACGGUCCGACCAUCCACACCGAAAUGGGCUUUGCUGGCAGCGGCGUCGGGAGCUUGAGGGGUCUCGGGUAGGUUUCUGUUGUUGACCAUCUCGAGCUCUGGCUGAUGAUCCGUUUCUUC